AUGGCGUCCAACCCGCCACAACCCACAAAGCCUUCCUCCUUCCGCCUCCUCAUACUGUCCCCAUCACCACCGGACACGAAAUCAACGCCGCCGUUCUCCAAGUUUCUGGAAGCAAUCAGCGGCUCCAAGCCGUCGGACGAGGUCACCUCUUUUGCGGGGUACACUGCCCACCCCCCCCUGAGGCUGAGGACGAAAUACUACAGCGCCGACGUCAGCAUCUGGUGUGAUGAACUACCUCCUCCCUCCACAGCAGGGGAAGGGACAAAGAGCUCCGGAAAGGAUCCGAAGCAGAAUGCUGAAUCAGAAGGGGACAGCAAGCAGGCGUCUGUGGAGUCCGACUCUGCCACGCUUGCGGAGUGGAGGGAGCAGAUGCUCUCGUCCGAGGCGGCAGAGGUUCGCACUGUCCUCGGUGGACUAAUUCUCAUCCUCCCGAUCGCCUCACUACAAUCGUCGAAUGCAUCGAUCCUGGAGUCUUAUGCCUCGCUCGUCGAGACUGUCCAUGCACUUCGCGAGGCGAUCGAGGACGAAAGCUACGGGCGAGACGUUGCGUCUCUCGUGGUACUACAGCCUACGGCGUCGACAGUGACCAACGCCAAGUUACGCGAGACGAUGGAACGUUUGGAGGAGGUGUGUCUAUCGGAUAAAGGCUUACUGGGGUGGGAUUUCGUCGCGUGGGAUGGUCAGCUUGAGGCAGCAGGCGAUGGAAAAGAUGGCCAAUCGGUCAAGGAGGGGGAGGACGAAAGAAACGAGUUCGGCGAAAAGACCGGGAUCAAGCGAGUCAUCGAAGCACUGGAGGCGGUCGACUGGUCUGCGUCGCCGCAUUCGGACGGUGAGGCAGAUGGGCACGGAGAUUUUGACUUUGCAGAUGUCGACGAAGACGAGGAUGCUGGAGAGUUGUUUUCUUCUACAUCAAAGAACAUGCUCGGAGACGGCAGCACGGGGCUCCUGGGGUUCGAUCACGAACUCCAGCGUGAGAUGAUGGAGCUGAAGAUGUCGAUGCUUGACGCUGCCGAUGACGACAGUGACGACGACAACAAAGGAGGUUCCGAGAGGGAACAAGAAGAUCAAGACACGCAGGUCGAGCAGCUGCAGGUGUUGAUGGAGAGAGUCGUCGCGAUCCGCGAGGCUGGAUCAGAGAUGCCCCAGCCCGAGCGGGAAAAGUUUGCGCGGAGAGAAAUCGGGCGGAUCAUGCGGGAGAUGGGAUGA